UCGAUUCAUUCGCCAGCUGGAAGUCGUUCGUCACGGUUUGGUUUCGGUCCGUGCUAGUGCGCUAGUGGUUCGAUACCCGUGCAUGGGGUGCAAAUGCAGCCGUUUGCGUUCGAGUAGCAGCGGUUCGGGUCGGAACGGUUCUGCCGUCUAGUGAGUGGGCGACUUUCGCGAACGGAAAUCGCACCCCCCCGGACGGACCGGUCGGAUCAGGAUCCAGUAUUGCGCUGGCACGCGAAUCAAUUCACACGCAGACGAUCCCCUCUGUGGUGUUUGGUUUUGUGUGUUGUGUGAGUUUCAUUCGGUGGUGCAAUUAAUUUAGCUGUUUCAGAAGCAAAACUUUCGUGCAACCUUUCUUCAAGUGUGAACGUUAAAUUACCACCAAAGGCUAUACGAUGGCAAAACUGAAAAUUGUAGGCGGAAGGCCCAUCACGAUGGAUGAAGCGAUCGAACUGCGGCAAACGGUAUUCGGAUCGGCAGCCAGUCCACCGCGCGGCGAAUGGACACGCACCGGAUUCACGUUCGGUCCCGCCAACCAGGAAUAUCCGUACGGGCUGCGCACACCGCGAAAUGCAACGCGCGGCAUGCAGUCCGUAAUACAGGCGCACAUCAUCAAGCAGUUCAUCUUCGACAACAAGCCGCGCGACAAAUCGGUCCCGCUGGAGGACCUGCUGAAGCCGAACGAGGCGGAACAGGCCCUGUCGCUGUACACCGCCAUGUCGGACAUACUGUGGAACAUUGGGGAGAAGGCGAAAGCGAUCGUCGCGCUGCCGGGGGAAGCGUCCCACAUCCCGCACAGCCACGUCUACUUUCAGGACAACGUGACGGAGAAGCUGUACUUCUUCGAGUUUACCAAGCUGGACGAUCUGCAAAUCUUUAUGAAGCGCUAUCUACCAUACUUUACAGAAAACCCUGGCCCAGGAACGCUGCUUUAUCUGUACAGUGCCGUACUAACGCGUGGCAUGGAGAACAUGCGCAACGAUUUGGACGCACCGAAGGGUGCGCAUCUGAUGGGACCGCACGAGGAAGGCUCGCUGAACGUGAUCACGCUGCUGCUGACGGGGCGUGCUACACCGUACCUACACAACGGUGUCGUGUACGUCGGUGAUGAGGAUCAUUAUGCCGUGCCGCAGUUCGGAAUCCUGAGCCGUGGUGCAAUCGGGCUGCUUGUUUGGGAGGGCGAAAACGAAGCCAUGCGCUCCGCCUCCCGCAUGCCCGGUUCACGGCUCAAAACGCCGGCCACGCCGGUUUGGGUAAGCUGCUGCUGCGGCCAUUACGGCGUACUGUUCAACUCAAACCGCGAGCUGCUGCGCAACUACCACGCCGAGAAGCGAUUCGAGCUGCAUUACUACACUUGCGCCGGCUGUUACCUUUCGAUGACCGUCGAUAACCGCGGGCAGGACGAGGGCGGCGGCGACAACGGCGACCAGGACGGGGAUCGCAAGCGCGACGACAUGGUCUCGACACCGCUGGAAAGACUCAUACACACGAAAUGGAUGGACGCAAAGAUCACGUACCAUGGUGCCCUGCCGGCCUCGCUCAACUUCUAAGCGGCGCGAGCGAGAGCGACAGGAGCAACUGGUUAAUGAUGGAAUGUCCCCCGACGGGCACGUCUGUGCGUGUGCGUAUGAGUGUGGGCGUGUGUGUUUGUAUGAAGAUUCACCCCAAAUUAGAGCGCGCAAUAGUGACUGUAUUGCAAUAUGUUUCCCUUGCCUAGCACCCGCCCUAGGCACAUCCGGAAGCGAUGGAGCGAUGGCGUCGUGUGUUGAUUAUGAGCAAUUAAUUUAUGCGUGUGUGUGUGUUUUGCUUUCGUUUUCAGUUCCCGUACAUUGUUUUACGCGCUACCUGGGAGGAGGUCAAGCUCCCUUCCUGGCUCCUGCAAAAGGCUCGGAUCGGGAUGCAAAUUGCCCUGGAAGGAAACUGAUCGCUUGGUUUUUUUUUUGUAUGUGGGAAAACAGCCGGAAACAAAUAACAGCUUGUAGUUACACUUACUAACAACACCCCCGAACAAGCCCCACUGCCCGCACGGCGGGUUGGCUCAUGCUUAAUAAUUCCGAAUAAAACGGGCAAUAAAGUAUUCUGUGGUUAGCUUAUUCAGCAGUUGAUCU